UUUUUUUUUUCAUAAAAUUGCAGAAAUGUUUUUAAAUUAGAAUUCCGACUUUUUGAUGAUUAGGGAAAUGAAUUUUUUUUAUAAUUCCUAAUUUGCAAUUAUGCGCGAUGUUUUUAUUAGUGAAUUUUAUGAAAUUUGGUUAUUAUAUUAGUUCAAUUUCUCAAAGCGUUUUCCUCUGUUUUACUGUAUUGUGACAAGAAAGGACGUUUUUUAGUUUCUUUCUCUAAUUGACUGGGUUCUUUUUUUGUUAGGAAUUUUUCGUGAUUUAACUAAUUUUUAAUGUGUUUUAAAAGGCAAGCAUUUUCUAAGAAUAAAAUAUAACAGUGUGUAAAAUAUUACCCAAAUCAAAGUGAAAAAGAGCUACUUAGUGCUACCUACAAACAACUCAUUCAUAAUGGAAAAAUCAGGACAAAGCUGGUUGUGAUCAGUAAUUAAACAUUGAGUAUAACAACAUUUCAUUUUAGAUUUCAGUCAGUUACUACUUUAUACUAUAAUAGAUAAGAAGUACAGUAAAAGUAGUUAAGAAGAACUAGUAUUAUUUCUGCUUUUUGUAAAAAGCAUUUCGAAUUAAAAUACAGUUUUGUUUAUUUAUUGAUGACGUAAUUAGUCAGAAUUAAUAAUUUAGUUGACUGAUCAGUAAAAACUUAUUCUGACUGACUAUGCAUCCUAGUCCCUUCCAGUCAUCUGGAAAAUCAGCUGGCAACCAGAUGUCAUCAUCCAACCUGUCAGUAGGGAGGGAGAGCCUCAACAGUUCAGAUGGGGGACAGCUGAUACAACAGCCGAUUGAUGUUGCCACUCCAUUCUCGAACACAUCCGGCAACAACAUCAGCUCUAUUGGUGGUGGGGGCUAUGCAUCUCCCGAUCUGCAGAAUUCCGACUUCACGGACGGAAGCUUCCCCUCGACGCUCAACUCUAAAGCUAGAUCUGCCAUCGAACAAUUGCAAGUUAAAAUUGGGAAAACCCAGCAAAGAAUUAAGCUGGAGCAAAAUGCUAAGGAAGAUAAUGUGAAUGAAUAUCUCAAACUGUCAACUGAUGCCGACAAGCAGCAGUUGCAGCGAAUAAAGGCAGUCUUCGAGAAGAAAAACAUCAAGUCAGCCCAGGCUAUAGCACACCUUCAGAAGAAAUUAGAAGAAUAUGACAGAAAAUUGAGGGAGAUUUCACUACAGGGUACCACUGCCAUCCACAAAGGUUCCAAAGGGGUUCUAAAAGAUGUCGGCCAAGGAUUAAGAGUGUUGUUUGUAAGGGACCCUACGAGAUCUCGAGAUGCUAGCCCAUCCACAUCCACCAUGCAGUUGAAAAGUAGGAAUGCUGCUACAUUGCCUGGUGUUUGGAAGACCAAGGAUAGCCACCAUGCAUUUAAGAACAGAUACGGUAGCGCUGACAACAUCACAUCUAGUCUAAUUCCCACCCAAUCCAGUGUUAAUCCCUCUAAUCCCAACAAUCUUCAAUCUUCCUCCUCUGCCAACAACUCUCCAAUCGUUAAUCUCACGUCACAACAGCAACGACUUCAGCUACAGCAACGACUACAGCAGCAACAGCAUCAGCAGCUGCAGGACGACAGCUUAAACGAUGAACAACAGCAGCAGCAGCUAGCAAUCAUGCAAGCGAAAGAUCUGGCCACCAUCAUCACCAAUUUGACUGAGUUUCAAGAGAUGCAGUACAAGUUGCAUUGUUCUGUCAGUACGUUAAAGACCCAGUUGGAUGAGGAGGGCAUAUUCUGCAGGCAGGCCCUGGAGGAAGAGCACGACAGAUGUGAGAGGCUGGAGGAGCAGAUCAACGACCUCACCGAACUACACCAGAACGAGAUGUACAAUAUCAAGCAGGAAAUGGUAGGGAUGCAGGAAAAGAUGGAGUACCAGCUGGAGGAGAGGACAAGGGAUAUUCAAGAACUUCUACUCACUUGCCAAACUAGGAUCAACAAGAUGGAGUUACAGCAGCAGCAGCAGCAGCUGAUAUCAAUGGAGGGCAUAGAGAACACGAGCUUCAGAGGGCUGGCCACCAAACUUAUAAACAUCGUCCUUGCCGUAUUGGCCGUCGUUCUCGUCCUUGUGUCCGAGGUUGCUAACCUCAUUGGCCCAUUCCUACAGACUAGGCUAAGAAUUGUCGGAACGGCUCUGCUGGCGAGUCUGUUGGCCAUCUUGUGGAAUCGACGACUGGAUCUGUCGGAUCUUCUUGAUAGGUUUUCUCUAUUUGGAAAUGGCACUCUUUCCUCCUCCAGUUUCUGA